AGAGAGAGAGAGAGAGAGAGAGGAGGGCGGCGGGUGGGGACGGCUGCGCAAAUACGCCCGGAGCGGGCGCUGCUACUUCUGCCGCCGCUGCCAAGGGAGCUGAGGGUAUUUGACCGAGGAGCCGAUGGCAGAACUCGGCCGGAGACCCUCCCGCGCCGUCUGGUAAAGGCCGGGCUCCCCAAGAGCAGGAAAUGCUGCCCAAACUGACAAGCCUGUUGAAAGAGUGAGGCAACUCAGCGCCUACCCAAAGAAAUGGCUCCUUUUUCCUUCCUGAGAACACCUGCUGGGAUCAAGAUGACGUCAGCUGCGCCGGUGUCUGAGAAUUCUGUGUCUUCAACAGAUGCAACCACAAAGUCUCAAGAACAAAUUCUUUAUCAGAGUUCUGGAGCGAUUGUGGCGGCCAUUGUAGUUGGUGUCAUAGUUAUAUUCACGGCAGUUCUCCUCUUGCUGAAAAUGUAUAAUAGACGCAUGAGGACAAAGCGGGAGCUGGAACCGAAGAAUGCCAAAGCCACAACCCCCUCCACGCUGGGGCAGGACACCAAUAGUGCCAGUCGCACCACAACGGUGACGUUCGUCCCCAUGGACAUCCAAAUGCCAAACAGAAGGCCCUGAGGCAUGAACGCCACAGAGGAUGACAAAUCAGACCCAAACAUGGGCCUUACAGGCUCUGGGAAGACCUCCAAUUCGUCAGCAUAAAGGAAGUUAAAGACUGGAGCUGCUAGCUGGAGUUGCACUGUGACCAGCUCUCCACGUUUCUGUUUCUUUAAGAAAGGAAAAGACUGAGAUCCUCAGGACAAUGGAUGCCACCCAGUUGCAAAAGUGGUGUCUUGUCUCUACAGCUGCGGAUACAUAAGGGUAGCUGGUGGCAAGGCUGCCCCCGUAGUUGGAUCGAGAUAUGCCCUUCCACCGUUUUCUGCUGCUUCACACUAGGUUGCCCAUGGUCAUGGAUUCUGAGCGAUCCUUUGCUGGUUGGAGAUUCUGAAGAGGCAAAGGGAACUCCCAUCCACCCAAGGCCGUCCGUACUGUUAGGCAGAGUGAAAUGGCUGCCUUAGGCGGCAGGUGCUGAGGGAUGUGGAGUGGGAGCAAGGUAUUUGAGGGCAGAGCUGUCUGUGACACAAAACACAGCCUGCGCAGCACCCCCCCCCCAAACUA